AUGGAGGACGUCGAUACCGGCGUUGCGUCCAAGAGUACGAUGACCCACCAGGGUGAGCCACGACUAAGUCGCACGGCCCUCGACCCAUCGCCUGAAGCACAGAAUCCCGUGGCAUCGAAGGCCAAGAAGCUAAAGGUGGUCACCAAGAAACACAAGGAUACAACUCGAACCUCCAAGGGGUCCAAGAAGGGGUCCAAGAAGGGAUCUAAGAGCCAGCGGGCGAGAAUCUUGGGGGAUUCCAGUGACUCUUCUUCGGACGACGAAGGCGAAGAAGAUACCGAUUCCGAUACUUCUACUGAUUCUGGUGACAGCGAUCUUGAUACAUCUAGGAAGCCGCAUCGCAAGUCUCAGAAGAAAACCAAUGGCAGCAAGGGAGGCAAGCGCAAGAGGAAGAGCAAAUUGACUGCUGACGACGUCGCCUCAGACGAAGACAGCUCAUCCACAGACUCCAAUGGAGACGCACCCCGUGGAAAGAAGGCUUCAAAAAACAAGAAAAAGGCCGCAGGACAGCUUGGAGGCAUCGAGGAACGCAUGCAGGCCCUCGAGAACCUGAUAACAUCUCACGUUGCCACGCUCUCUGUUCAGCCACCGUCUCCAUACCCGCCACCGCCAAGCUACCCGCCCUUCUCCGGCUCUGUUGCUCCUCCUAGCUUCGGUGGUGACCGGUUGCAACGCUCGUAUGAUACGGGGCAGUCACUCGGCAGAAACAUGCCUCCGCUCCCGCCGGCCCCAGGGCGUGCCACCACGCUUGCGGCGCGCGCCAGGGGAUUUCGUGCUUCUGCACCGGUAGAUGACGAUGGCGAAGUAGACGACGACGGCGACGUGGUGCCAACAAAGCCUGACUACAAGAGAGUGGACCUGGUGUGGGAUUCGAGCUUGUACAUGUUCAAGCUGCAGGGCACGAUGAAAACGAGCGUGGACACGCGGUACGACGGCUACGUUUUCCAUGUACGCCGCACAUUUGACCACGAGGGCAAGUAUCGCCGCACGUUCGUGGACAUCAAGAGCAAGCUGCUGCGCGAAUGUCUGCAGGAUGUCAUUAAGAAUGUCAGCGGCAUCAGCUUGGUGGAUGAAGUUCCCAAACUGGACCCCAACCUGCUCUAUCUCUACUAUAAUGAGCUCAAGGCGCAUCUGAGUGCACUGCGAGAGCUUGAGCCAGCGGGCGACACGCGGAAGCGACGCAAGAAAAAUCAGAAGCGUCUGGAUGACAAGAGAAAACACCUGCGCGUCCUGCUCAAGUAUCUAACCAAGGACUACCACAAUAUCAAGAACACCCUCGAUCCCAUGCUUUCGAGCGGUUUGAUCACGUACGACCUUCUUUGGGCCUUGUGGAAGCCUCACACCCUGGUGUACGCGCCCACCUAUGGUCAGCAUGACACUCCAGGAGUCUUCAAGGUCGACGUGGCCGAGAAGCACUCCACGAUGAUGAAGGGCGAGUUUUACCACAUCACCGGCAAGUAUUUCGAGUUUGACGGCAAAAAGUACGGCUAUGGGGCCACGACCGAGGAGAUCGCCGAGUUCAAGGGCGCGAGGAAGAUCACGUCUCUCCCAUGCUAUCCACUCGAGUACCACAAGGACGCGGAAAAACUGCGCAACGACCUCAUCGAGCGCGGCAAGAAGUUUGUUGCCCUCAGCGGCGUGCAUUUCAGGGCAUUUUCAGGCAUGGCUUUCAUGAAGCGGAAAAAAGGUGUCUUGAAGUUCAACAUUACCAACAGUCGCAUCAUGGUGGACCCGGCCAUCUUCCGCCGCACCAACCCAAACUAUUACAUCUCCAGCGUCAAAUCCAAGGACCACGAUACCGUCACCAUUGGAGACAAUUCGGACGCGUCGGAUGAGGACACGGAAUGCGAGUGUGGCGAGUCGGACUCUGGUGACGACGGUGAACCGGGCGCUGCAGAUGGCACCACAAAGAUCAGGUAUGUGACCAAAGCAGUUCAAGACGAAAGCGGCACAACGCAUCUCGUCCAAGUACCGAAAGACUCGUCUAGCGAGGAAGAGACCGAGCAACAGCUCGAGCAAUUGCCCAGUAAGGAUGGAACUGGCGGACAAGAGACGCCGGAAGCUUCAACAUCCAAUGAGACGGCAAAGGAGGUCACAGAUGCUGAGGUGCCCUGUCUCACGGACGAGGAGUACUUGAUCGCCUCGCCAUUGGUGCUGGGCUUCUCGUUUGCGGAAAAGCAGUGGCUUGAAUUCGAUGUCGAAGGGAUCAAGGACAUUUCCUGGAACGACAAGGCUUGGGACUCCCUGGUGCUCGAGGCCGGGACCAAGGACCUGAUCAAGGCGCUGGUGGAAUCGCGCAAGUUCAGCGCAGCCACGACAAUCGACGACGUGAUCCAAGGAAAAGGCAAAGGCCUCGUUACUGUCCUUCACGGACCCCCCGGGACGGGCAAGACCCUCACGGCCGAAGGCAUCAGCGAGCUACUCAAAUGUCCACUCUACAUGGUCUCGGCUGGUGAGCUGGGAACUGAUUCGCGCUUCCUCGAGCACGAGCUGCAGAGGAUCCUCGAUAUCUGUCAUGCGUGGGGCGCGAUACUACUAUUGGACGAGGCGGACGUGUUCCUGGAGAAGCGGAACAUGGCCGAUAUCCACCGCAACGCACUCGUGAGCAUAUUCCUACGCCAGCUCGAGUAUUUCCAGGGAAUCCUGUUCCUCACAACAAAUCGGGUCGAGACGUUUGACGAAGCCUUUCAAUCCCGCAUCCACGUGGCUCUCCGCUAUGAUAAGCUCGAUGCUAAGGCGAAGCGUGCCAUUUUCAAGUUGUUCCUGGAUCGCGUGACGGCCCAUGGCAAGAUCGAGGUCAAGCCAUUCUCGGAAGAUGACAUGGCGGCUCUCUCCAAGCACGAUCUGAACGGCCGCGAGAUCAAGAAUGUGUUGGGCUCUGCACAGGAUUUGGCCGUCAACAAGGGUGAGCCACUGAGCGUGGCGCACGUCAAGCUUGUCCUCGAUGUGCACGCGAGGUUUGGGAGGGAUCUCAAGGGCGGCACGGGCUACGAGGAUGCGAUGAGGAGUUACUUCUGA